AUGUAUAGAACCUUAGUGAUCAUCCUUGUUAUUUCCAUCAGUUGCAUAUCAUGUCAGAUGGAUGUGAUGCAAGCAUUAGCUAUUAAACAGCGUGCACAAUCAUGUAUGGCUUCAUAUCUGCCAGCACAAUCCUAUGGAGUCCAACAGCAAUUAGCUAUGUGUUUUGAUGUAAACUGUGGGAGAAGUAUUAUAAGCCAAGUAAUGACUAUGUACCCUAACCAUGUGCCUGUGCUUCGUCAGUGUCUAGGAUACUGA